CUAGGCAAAGCUCAGAGCCACAGACAGAAAGAGAGCGAGCCAACAGAGGUCUGGGCAAGGGUCUGGGAAUAUCAGCAACACUUUCACUAGGUGGGAUACAACACUGACAUACCACUAUUUGGGGGAAAGCUGGCAAACAUAAUUUGGAAGUCUUAUUGUGAGAAGGAUCCCCUCAAUCCGCACGACUCUCUAAAGUAGGUGUUUUUAUAGAGACCGUCAAGUAUAAUCUCCAGCUUUGUGGGGGUCACAACAUGCAUGGACUGGUAGUUUGACAUUGGAAUUGCCUUUCUGGGUUUCAGUCAAAUUGUAAGGGAUUCAGUCAUCUAGUCAUAUUUCCGGUGUUAUUCUUGUUGUUUUUUGUAAAAUGGCAUCAGACUUGACAGCUUCUACUGCUAAUCAUGACAGUUAGAGAAUGGACUUUCCUGGACAUUCUUCCAUGAGCUGCUCACUCCCCCCUCAGCUCUGCGGCUGAACCAGAGUGGGUGUAGGGCAGCAUCAGGGAGACUCAGGCUGCUCAUGAUGGGGAACGUCAUACGUGGCGCUGUGGCCUUCAUCCCCUCCGAGCGCUGCCAGCGUUUCCUGGUGGGCGACCUGAAGGAGAUGCCUCUCGAUAGGACACUAGACCUGAGCAAACUGCAGCUGCGUCGUCUUCCUGUGGCUGCCUGCCUGUUCAAUGAGCUGGUCAAGCUCUACCUAAGUGGCAACAACCUGAGCACCCUACCUGCAGACUUGCAGGGCCUGAGGAAGUUGCAGCUCUUAGCUCUUGACUUCAACUGUUUCGAGGAGCUGCCUGCGGCUGUGUGUCAGCUACCUCAGCUUAACAUCUUGUAUCUGGGCAACAACCAGCUCUGGUGCCUCCCCCGGGAGCUGGGCGAGCUGAAAGAACUUAAUACCCUGUGGUUGGAGACUAACUGUUUCACUGAGUUCCCCAGUGUGGUCUGCGACCUCCCCAACCUCAAGACGCUCCAUCUGGGGUACAACCAGAUAAGCAAACUGCCCAUGGAGCUCGGUGGGUUAGAGGAGCUGAGGAGUAUCUGGCUAGCCGGGAACCAGCUGUGUGAGUUCCCGCCAGUGUUGCUCGCCAUGCACCUUCUGGCCGUGAUCGAUGUGGACCGCAACAAAAUCCGCCGCUUUCCUGGUCUGUCCCACUUGCAGGGGUUGAAACUGGUAAUCUACGACCACAACCCCUGUGUGAACGCACCUGUGGUCGGGGAGGGGGUCAGAAGGGUUGGACGCUGGGCAGACAGCUCGGAUGAUGAAGAGGAUGGUGAGGAUGGGUCGAAAGUGUGUGAGACUCCGACUGAGGUGAAGGAACUUGCCUCCGAGGGACAACUGGACUCACUACUUGAAAAAGGUUGUGGAAGCAUCUGACCUUCAACCGUGGCUAAACUGGAAAACAGGAUGCCAGUCAAGUGGAGCACUUAUUGGAGAACGGCCAUUUACUGGAGAACGGCCAGCAGCUAGGCCUGAUGGUGUUUUGUUCCAAAUAUAGUCAGGCCAAUGAUAUGGACCUAAACACGGAUGACAAAUAAUAAGCUGUUACAAUUGGUUUUCCAUCAUGAUAAAACAUGGACCUCACGAAGAGCGCCCGGAGGAAUCUGAUAUGAAGUUCUCUACUUUUACAUCACUGUCUGCAGACUUGAAUGAUUUUCUUUUGCUCGUAUUCAGUUCAUGUUACAGGUGAUUUUCCAAUUCAAUUAAUUUCUGGAGACAUCACCCACUGGGCAUACCACGUCAUUUCAACAUGGAAAUUGGGGUAAUAUUGUUGAGACGUUGAUCAAUGAGAUUUCAACCUUUAAUCACCCACUCAAAAAGACAGACAGAAGUUUGUUGUAUUCCCAAUGUGUUAUCACUAUGGUUUCAACCAUCUGAAAGCACAACCAAAUUCCAAUGGAAAAACAAUGUCUGAUUUUUUGUUUUGUUGUCAUCUAAACGUGUUAUCACAGCACUUUAAACCAUUUAAAAGCACAACAAAGUUAGAAUGGUAAUACAAUGUCAGAUCUUUUGUAUUUAUACAACAACUUAAUGUGUUAUCACGGUGCUUCAUCCAAAUGACUUGGACUUGGAUUGCAGUUGAGAUUACAUUAAAAGUACAUAUUGCAAGUGAUCAAUGCUGUUAGAGAUUCUGCACAGAUUAUUUAAGCAUUUGUGAAGAGCUCCACAGACCUGCGACCUUUGCAUCUUGAACAAGCAUGCUUUCUAUGAUUACAGAAGAAGACAUUUAUAGUUACAUUAGCGUAACCUCAAAAUGUGGCCAUGGAUGUGUUAGUCAUUUUAAGGUUGAAUAAAUACUGUUACAUUAGUUUGUAAGAUAGCCUUAACUUUAGGCUAUUUACUGUCUUACAAAAGUAAUAUUGAAUUGUGUUUGGUUGACAACGCAACCAAAUAUCAACAUUUAAAGGAUAUCUAAUGCUUGCAUAGUUUCAUCUGAGCCACUGGCUUAAUCAUAUUCUUUACAUUUUAUUUUUGGUUUAGUUGGAGAUGUGAAUCCAACAUAGUUUGUUAACUUGUCGACAAGUUAAUAGGCUAUUUACUGUAUUGCAAAAGUGAUAUGGAAUUGUGUUUGGUUGUCAACGCAACCAAAUAUCAACAUUUGAAUGAGAUUUAUGUAUCUUUUGUGCCACUGACUUGGUCUGUAUUUAAUUCCAGUCUGUCUUCAAAUUAUUAAUUGAUAUGUUGGAUUAAAGUCUCAAACAAUAAUCAAGUUAAAUAGUAGGAAUACAUUUAAUAAAACUUUAAAUGCACUUCAAAUAAAGUUUGAUUUAGUCCCAUUCAUUCAUUUAGAUUUUUGGUUAAGAUGGAGACAUGAAUCCAACAUAUCAAUGAUUAACUUGUAGAUUAAAUUUGAAAUCAACCAAAGCUUGAAACUCUAGGCCUUUAUGUAUUGUCUAUUUUUAGUUGAACCCUGGGUUGAAUUGAAACAAUAGCGGUUGAUUACUUAGCAAAUGCUAUAGGCCUGAAUAGUAUCAUUGAUGAUAUAUGACAAAUAGAGUAUGGUUACCCUUUAGAAUGACAGAGCAACAGGGAAUAUAUUUAAUUAUUAAGAGAUCUAUCAUUAAUCAUUAUCAUGAUAGCACAUUGGUAGUCGUCAGUGUCAAAUAUCAAAGCUAAGCAGGACUGGGCCUGCUUAAAAAAACCUGGAUGGGAUAUCAAAUGAAUAGCUGUUGUAGAGGUGCAAGUAAGAGGUGCUGCCCAGCCUAUAGUUUUUUUUCUGAUAGUGGAUAUACAAUUGAAGAUCUGACAUUGUUUCAAUGGUACAAACUCAACAUGUGUUACACAAGGUUUGCCUAUGUUGAAAAUGUGUUAAAAUUAUGACAUAAUCCUGUGGUUGAAAUUCCACCCUCAAAGCAACAAUUUACAUUGAUUCAUUUUUUCAAAUCCUAUGUAUUUUCCAUGUAGAUUCCACAUCACAAUACAUUGACAAAUUACAUUGACACAAUGUUGAUUCAACCAGUUUGUGCCCAUUGGGAAGGAAAUUCUGCCAGGUGACUCUAUUCAUGAACCUUUGCUGGGGACAGCAUACUUACUGUACAGUGCAUUUGGAAAGUAUUCAGACCCCUUGACUUUUUCCACAUGUUAUGUUACAACCUUAUUCUAAUAUGGAUUAAAUAGUUUUCAUUCAGGAUCUCUCUGUACUUUGCUCCGUUCAUCUUUCCCUCUGUCCUGACUAGUCUCCCAGUCCCUGCCGCUGAA